CCGUCAAUUAUGACCAGAAAUCACAAGAAGUUGAAUCUCGGAAUCGAGAGUUUGAGACUUUGAGUGAAGAUCUGAACACAAAGUUAAGCGCAUUGAAUAGCUCUCAAUCAGAAUUGACGCAAAUGAAGGAACAAAGUCUUCACCAAAGGAAACGACUCAACGAAAUGCUCACUAAUUUAAUGAAAGAUUUAGGAGAAGUGGGUAUUAUUUUAGGGGCAAAUCCGAGCUCUGUUAUCGGCGAACUCAAAGUGGCCGGAGAUAGCAAUAAAAUGGAAGACGAGUUCACUGUCGCCCGACUAUACAUCAGUAAAAUGAAGAGUGAGGUCAAGGCGUUGACUUCGCGAACGCAACAAAUGGAAAGCCUUCAGACGACUUGCAAUAAAAAGAUUGAAUCGUAUGAAAAAGAUUUGGCCGAAUGUCGGCUUCUUAUCAGUCAAUACGAGGCGAAGAUGAAGUCCUUACAGGAGUCGAUGCGUGACAUCGAAAAUAAGAAGCGUUCGCUCGAAGAAGCUGUGGAUCAGCUGAACGAA